ACGUAAAUUCGAGUCAACCAAGAGAUCUCGAUUUGACUAGACGAACAUUGAUAAACUUGCACUCGGAGUCUAACAGCAAACCCCGACAUAUCUACAUUGAUGAUAACUAUAACAAAAAAAAUUGAUAAUAUUAAUUAUUAUAUAAUUAUAAAACAAUUAAAAAUUUAUUAGAAAUAUAUUUCUCCCCUCUCCCUCUCCCUUUCGCCCUUCCUUUCUUCUCUUGCACCCCAAUUCAGAGUAAGCCAAAACAGUAAAUUUGCACUCCCAUUUUACACCCCUAUUGUUACAAAUUAAUCAAACAAGUGCAAAUACGUUGGAAACUAUGUUUACUCCUCUCAUUUGCAUCACUCCCCAUUGCACCUCUUUCCCAAACAGAGUGGUAGUGUUUUAUGAAACGGAAAUAGUAUCAUCAAAAGACUGAAACGGGCUCCACCCAUCAUCCUAUUUCAACUGGACCACAUAUUUGCAUGGUUGGGCACAGACUGGGCCUUGGGCUAAACUAUCAAACCGAAAUUUUUAAUCCACCAAAAUCGGCCCAACCCGCCAGCCGACGUCCAUCCACCCAACACUCGCCACUCCCUAUUAGCUUUGCCAGUUGUCGCAUCCUGAUAGGAGCGAGCCUACCAAGCCGGCGGAGGACGCAAAAUGCAGGCUCCGGCGUCGUUUUCUCUCACCCGUCGUGAUUGGCACGUCGCACGUGGCACUUCUGUCAAAGUCAAACCACGCACACACACAGCGAGACGAAGGGAGAAAGAAAGAACUACUCGUUUCUUUUCUUCUUCUCCAGUCCAGUCCACCAACUUCCAGUUCCCCUCUCAUAAUUCAUCUCCUGUCCUCAAGUCGUCGGAUCCAGAAAUUCGCCGCCGCUUGUGGCGGAUUCUCCAUUACCCAGAUUCCGAGAUUCCGAAUUAGGGUAGCCGAAGAUCUGCUAAAUGGGGAAGGGCGGCGGCUGUGUUCCCAGCAAGAAAAAACAACCUCCCGUCGCCGACAAUCCUCCUCAGCCGGCCCCCUCCACCGCCGCUGCCACCGCAACCACCCCUGCAUCGGCCCAUUCGACGAACACCACCGACGAGAACCACGCCGGUACCAACAGCCAUGUGGUGGCCGCCGCAGACGCCGCAAUUGAACCGCCUCCCGCCGCGAAAUUGAAGAUACUCAUCGUGUUCUACUCGAUGUACGGCCACGUGGAGUUUCUGGCUCGGAGGAUGAAGACAGGCGUGGACGGAGUCGAGGGGGUCGAGGCGAUGCUGUAUCGGGUCCCGGAGACGCUGGCGAGCGAGGUUUUGGAGCAGAUGAAGGCGCCGCCGAAGGACCCUUCGAUCCCGGAGAUUACAGCGGCGGAAUUGGUUGGUGCGGAUGGGAUUCUGUUUGGGUUCCCCACGAGGUAUGGGUCAAUGGCUGCACAGAUGAAGUCGUUUUUUGAUUCCACCGGCCAAUUGUGGAAUGAGCAGAAGCUCGCCGGGAAGCCAGCUGGGUUCUUUGUUAGCACCGGAACGCAAGGCGGCGGUCAAGAAACCACCGCAUGGACAGCAAUCACCCAGUUGGCUCACCAUGGCAUGUUGUUUGUUCCCGUGGGCUACACCUUUGGUGCUGGCAUGUUCAAGAUGGACUCUAUCCGAGGGGGCUCGCCAUAUGGUGCUGGAGUUUUUGCUGGUGAUGGUUCUAGACAACCGAGUGAAACCGAGCUGGCACUUGCAGAACACCAGGGCAAGUAUAUGGCCACAAUAGUGAAGAGGCUCGCUCAUGCUUGAACUAAGAAAGUGUUUGUUAUCUCUCGUUUAUGGCAAGGAAGAACAUGGUGAGCCGCUUGUCAGUUUGUAAUCGUCUGUUUGUUGGUGUUUUAUUGGAUUUGUGAAUUUGCAGAAUUGAAUAUACUUCACCCUACAAA